AGUUGGUAAACUGGUGAGGCUCGCGCGCGAAGAAGGUCGAGUGCGAGACGAAUUUAACGAUACCUAAAGUUAAGCUUGGCUAAAGUUAAGAUUGCUACAGCGCUUGGAAGUUGAUCUCGACAGUGACCGUGAUACUACGUCAACAGUGACAACAAUGUCCGUAAUUAUGGAUUGUUUUCGUCAGUAGCGGACGCUACGUGUAAAGCUCUCUCGCUCCUUCCCUACGCGCGAAGCGACUUCUCCCGUUGAGAAUUUACAUCUCUCGGAGCACCCUCGUUCUGUCACGUAGCUCUGUGCGUGCGCGUUUCGUGCGAUCUUCGCCAGAGAGACGAUAAAGAACCGUAGAGAAUCGGUGAAAGAAGCGAGUGCCUUUGUCUCUCAGUGGGUUGUCUCGCGUCGUUUAUUCCCUCCUCCGUUCGCUCUCACUCGCUCUCGUUCAGUCUUUGUAUAUCUGUCUCUCUCUCUCUCUCUCUUUCUCUAUCACGUAACGCGCAGUGUACAAAACAAGGACUCGCUUGCGAUUCCUUUGCAAGUCCUUCUCGCGCGUUUGCAGAGUCCGUUCUAGAACUCUAUCACCUUUUCCCAAAUCCUUGAUUAGCUAUCUGUAAUGUGCAAGUACAGUAAACAAGCCGGGAAGAUCACUACGUCGACGAUUAAUCUCGUACACUCGAAAAGGAAAGGAAUCUUCAUAUACAUAAAAGAGAUGCCCAAAGACUUGAUAAGUCUUCGAAGUCGAAGAAGCUUCUUGACAUUUCGCUUAUACUGAACAGCUUUGCCAUAAGAAAAUCUGAAAAAAAAAAAAAAAAAACUGCUCAAGAUUCGCUUGGACAGCGAGCAACAACAGGACUCUUCAGAUCACGGAAUGUCAACAUUGUAAGGCAGGUGGUCUGAUCAAGGGAAUUAAAUACAAUUUCCAGCUUGGAGUUCAGUUGUUUACAUAAUCGGAGUAAUCACGAUUAUUAUCAUCAUGAAGUUGCUGGAGAAUACACGUUUCGAAGCUUUAAACAGUGCCUUGUCCAUUGAGACUGGAGAUAGCAAGAUAAUUGCAAGGAUCGAAAGUUACUCUUGCAAAAUGGCAGGCAAUGAUAAACAGAUGUAUAAACGAUUCAACUCGGAAGAGGGAGUUACGCCGCACGAUUUGCAAGCUUUAUCACCGCCGCAAACAUUUUUGGGAACCUCUCCAGCUCAAGGAUACUUGAGUCGUAGCGUUUCCGGCGAUGAAGAAGGAGCGAUUGCACUAUGCGAUACUAUCAAUAGAAGGACAUUGUUUUACUUGACCACUACAUUAAAUUCAACUUUUAAUCAAGACUACGAUUUCUCGGAUGCCAAAAGCGAAGAGUUUAGCAAAGAACCGAAUUUACAGUGUGUAAAAAAUGCGGUACAAAGCAAUCUCAGCGCCACCGCGAAUGAGCAUUAUCGCGAUUUACAUGAUGCUCUUUGGGCGGCCAUCGAUGAAGAAAUAUCGUUGAAGGAAUGUGAUAUCUACAGUUAUAAUCCAGAUUUUGCAUCAGAUCCAUUUGGGGAAGAUGGAUGUCUAUGGUCCUUUAAUUACUUGUUCCAUAAUAAAAAAUUAAAACGUAUCGUAGUUUUCACCUGCAGAGCAAUAAACCCUCUUUACAUACCAGACUCCGGAGUUGGCAGUGACUUUGCUAUGGAUGAAGAUGACGAGGAUUGUUAUUAUUAAAUCAAACAUAUAUAUAAGUGCAUAUAUGGUUGCAAUCCCUACAAGUUCAUGAUUUUCUUUAGACAUAUAAUAGUAAGAGUAUCUGUUUAUUUCCAACUCUAAUGUAAUUUUGAAUUUUAGUACUAUUGUAUAAUUUUAGUACUAUUAUAAUUUUCAUAACAAGUUGGUUAGAACGCUUUUUAUUUUUAAAUACUGCAGGAAUUUAGGAUUUCUAUCUGCAUAUUACUAAUAAGUCAUUUUAUUGUAAAAGUUUUAGGAGAUAAACAUCUUACUUUCAUAGUUUAUUAAAUACGAUAUGACGAUUGACUUGUAAUAUCUUUUAACGAAAUCUCUCAUGAGAAAGAAUAAUUUUUUUUUAUAUGAGAAGUAGAUGCGCACAUAUAUCCUACAUAUAUAUCCUUAUAUAAUCUCUGUGUGAAAAUUUUAUGAAUUUAUUAGAGUAACCUAUAAAGAUUUUUCUGUCUUUUUAUAGUGUAAUUACGUUAUCACUCUACAAUUGUAUAUUGUAAACAUAUAUUUUGAGAGCAAACUGUGUGUGCAUAAUAAAACCUACUGUUAUAUAUAUAAAA